UACUAUAGGCCCCAAAGAGAGAGAGAGAGAGAGAGAGAGCUAAGCGCACUCGUCAGUCGUCACCAUUCACUUCUUCCUUUCGAGCACGCCGGUGACGGAACUUAAAAACACCCGCCUGUCACUACAGCACUAUCUCCAUCGCGCUCAGCAAAAAAUUUUCUUCAUUUUCGAUUCGAUUCUGAGACUUUCGCUAUCAAUCUUUUCGAGCUAUCUAUGAAUUUUUAGAUGUAAAACUUGAUGUCAUUUUCGUUGGUGUGGAUAUUGAGAACAAGCAACCAGGGUGGUUUCUGUAGCUUUUCAGUUGGAAAAAAAUGGAGGCACGCCCUGCCUUAUCCUUUCAAAGGCCAGGUGCAAAGCAGCUUAGUAGCAUGGGGAUGUCUGGAGCACUGUCUUCAUCUUUACCAGUACUUCCAACCCCUUUGGAAGAAACAUAUCCCAAAUUACCAGACUCUCAACAGGUUUCCAUGGAAAGAGAACUUGUAACAAGGCCUCUCAACCAUGCAAGUCAUUUAUCCUCCAACAGUAGCGUAGUUGGUCACAUGUUUUCAUCAUCCUCAGGAUUUUCAACAGAUCUUCAUUACUCAUCUCUUUCAACCCAUGAAAAGCAUUCAAGACACAGUCCUUUUAUUUCUCAGUCAUCAACUAAUGCGGCAUCUUUGCCAAUAACACAUUCUUCGGGAUCUCUCCAAUCUACAGCAUCAGAUUAUGCCAAAGAAAACAGUGCUUCCUGGCAAACUGAUUCACUUUCAAGUUUUCUUGAUUUUCCUGUAAAUACCCCUAUCGAGAAUAGUCAGGUAGAAAGCAGUAGUUGUAAUGCUGCACUAGCAUCUGAGGAAUUUACUAAAUGGGCUGACCAGCUAAUCGCCGAUGACGAUGCUUUAGCUUCUAAUUGGAAUGAGCUUCUUGGUGAUACCAGUGUUACAGAUUUGGAACCAAAGAUGGUAUUCCCGGUGUCCAAAUCAUCUCCAUAUUUUCAAGCACACCAGUCCCAAGUUCCUCUGCAGCUUCCUGCUACUUCUGGAGAAAUUCGUGCUGUUGCUAACCCCACUUCCUUGGCAAAUAGUGCCCCAGCCAAGCCACGCAUGCGUUGGACACCAGAACUUCAUGAAGCCUUUGUGGAGGCUGUCAAUCUCCUUGGUGGUAGUGAACGUGCUACUCCAAAGGGUGUGCUGAAGCUCAUGAAAGUUGAAGGGUUGACCAUCUAUCAUGUGAAAAGCCAUUUGCAGAAAUAUAGGACAGCCAGAUACAGGCCAGAGUCGUCAGAAGGAUCAUCAGAGAAAAAAUUGUCUCCAAUUGAAGAAAUGUCUCUUGACUUGAAAACGGGUAUUGAGAUUACUGAAGCUCUGCGAAUGCAGAUGGAAGUUCAGAAAAGGCUGCACGAACAGCUUGAGAUUCAAAGGAAUCUACAAUUGCGAAUAGAAGAACAGGGACGGUAUCUCCAAAAGAUGUUUGAGAAGCAAUGCCAGUCUGGUGUUGACAAGCUGAAGACAUCAGCAACCACUUUGGAGAACCCCUCAACUCCAUCAUUGGAUACAGUCCAAGAGUCCCCUGCCAAAAGUGAACUGGAUGCCUCUCAGGUAGACCAUGGUAAAACAGGAACUGAUCCAGUCAAUGCCAACACUGCAUUGGAAGACAGUUCACAGGAGCUGGGUGGAAAGCAUAAGGUAUCCGAAGCCAACGAUCCAGAGAACUCCGAGCCAGAUGCUUGUGAGUCUAGUUCCCAACCCUCAAAGCGUCCAAGAACAGAGGAGUAAAUUACAUUGUCUGCCAAAUCUGCAUUGGACUGACAAGGCCAUAGUGAUUAUUGGAAGAGUUCAUUGUUUGAGUGAGAGACAUAGCUGACCGAUGGAUAGAGCUUUGGACUGGGAUCUCUCUUGUCUUUUUAUUGUCAUAUAUUCUCAAGGAUGAUUAGCGUUUGAAGUUAAGUUUUGAUCAUAAUGUUCUUCAACCUUCUUAAUUGCACUCUUUGAGUUAAGCGAGGAUGAGGAUGCAUAAAGAAUUGUUGAGAGAACCCCUGCUAAUUAUGCCUGCAUAGGACUCUAUUUGUAGUAAAAAGACAUUAUCCUUAAUUUUAAGCUGUCAACAAUCAUGUUACUGCCAAACAAUAUAUAUCUCAUGAUUUAUACCACAAUGCUCGGUGGCGUGUUCAUUUUGACCAGUCAA